AGAGAACCAUUGCGUUUGGUUACUCAGCAUAAAAGCGGGAGCAUAACAGUUAUAAAAGGACACAGUCGCUAUCCCGUAACAUAUUUAUACGGACGACGAAUGUAAACAAGCUACUUUGAUACAAUGUCUGCAACACGUGAAAAUGUGAAUAUUUGUAGGAUUUUAUCCAGCAAUUGAUAUGAAAACCAGCCGUAUUUAAAUGGAUUUAUUUCUAUUAAGGAACGAACAAUAUAAAGGAUGGCAGUUACUUGCACCGAUAAAAGCACUGGUCCGAUUAACGUGUGCAUAUUGGAGGGAAACGGAUAUGUUCAACUUGAAUGUGUAGCGUACUUCCUUUGUACGCAAUAUGGAAAUCAAAUCAAUAUAUACAAGCUCUAUCUAAAAUAAAUCACUUUUGAAAUCAGACAUGAACGUUAAGGUGUAAACUUUAAAAAUUAUAUUUGGAAUCUUGAAAACGAAAUGAAAUAAGAAGAUAAAAUAAAUGUCAUCAGAGUUUCAACUUACAAAAAUCCUAUUUGGAACAUUGAAAACGACGGAAUGAUAUACGAAGAUAAAUAAAAUUUCAUCAGAGUGUCAACUUUCAAAAAGCCUAUUUAGAAUCCUGAAAACGGAAUGAAAUAAGAAGAUUAAAGAAAUGGCAUCAGAAGUCGUAUCAGGGUCACCGAUUUCGGGCUACAACAACAGCUCCUCAUUUUCGAUGCUCCCCAACGGUUAUAGCACAGCACACAUUAUUUUGACAUCAGUUUUGAUUUCAGUGAUUAUGUUCAUUAUUAUUUUCGGAAAUUUACUCGUCGUUAUAGCUGUUUUUACUGAUAAAACGCUUAAUACAACCCAGAACUGGUUCAUCGCAUCUUUGUCAGUGGCGGAUUUCCUGCUUGGUUUGGUGAUCAUGCCUUUUUCUUUAGCCAAUGAAAUGAUGGCUUAUUGGUAUUUCGGACGCAUAUGGUGCGACCUAUGGAAGGCAAUAGACGUAUUACUGUGCACUGCUUCAAUACUAAGCAUUUGCCUUAUAAGUCUUGACAGGUAUUGGUCUAUCACGAGAGCCAUAGAGUACUCGCGACUACGAACGCCAAAAAGAGCCGCUCUUAUGAUAGCAGCCGUCUGGUCUCUGUCAGCUGUUAUUUGCGUCCCUCCGCUAAUUGGUUGGAAGAACCCGCUUCCAAUUACAGAUUAUCCUCUAUGCUUAUUAAGUGAUGACAUCGGUUAUGUACUUUAUUCUACGAUGGGCUCAUUCUAUAUUCCAUGCGUUAUCAUGGUGUUUGUCUAUUUUAAAAUUUACAGGGCAGCUCGGGCCUUGGCGCGUAAAAAUCUAACGAAGAAGGCUAAAAAACUGAAACAGAAAAUAGAAAAUAAAUGCAAUGAUUCGUCUUCUAUUAGGGAUGUAAAGUCACAAGUUGAAUCUUUAACUGACAAUAGCAUUCAGAAUGACACAGUUGAUGAUUGCUCUUUGGAUACAAAGCAAAAACCGAUUGAAAACACCACAUGUGAUCCAAAUGAUCGUGUAGAUAACGUGAUAUCUAUUGGAAAAGAAGAAAAUACGAAUGAAAUUCAUUUCGUUCUGAACAGUAAACAGAAAGUAAUUGAUAAAGGUCAAAUAACUGUUGUCAACAAUGCAAAUGAGAGCAAUAAGAAGAUGUUAAAACCUGCCAAGGGCACUCAAAACGUUUUUAUAAAAAAUCUAGGUACACGAUUAUCUCGGAAGAAGAAGAGAGAUAAAGGCAGAAACGGUAAAAACAGUAAGGGAUGGCGAACUGCCUCUCUACGCGAACACGAAAGACACAAACGGAAAAUAGCAAAAGCACGUGAAAGACGGGCUACCAUUGUUCUUGGUUUAGUUAUGGCAGCGUUUAUAUUGUGUUGGUUUCCAUUUUUUACAUUGUACAUUAUUACCAGCUUUUGUGAUUGCAUUGGACACGUGGUCUUUACGGUUGUCUUUUGGGCCGGUUACUGUAAUUCCGCUUUGAAUCCAAUCAUUUACACCAUCUUCAACAGGGAAUUCCGCCAUGCUUUCCAAAGAAUUGUGUGCCGUAAAUCCCAAAGGUGGAAUUGAAAAAUUACGUGGCCUAGCUGCAUUGAUGAUAAUUUCGCCGAAUGUCGUUAACGUAUAAAUUGCAAACAUAUUUAAUAUAGUAAACAAUUGAGAGGUAAAAUAUGUAAUUGUUACUUAACAAAAUGUCAUUAUACUCAGUAUCGUAUCGAAAGGUUAUGAAUGUCCAAAGUUUUAAUAAUUGGUUUGAUAAAAUGUUGAGUGUAUGUAUCAAAAUGAUAUUGGAUGUUAACAAGUAUUUAAUGUGCAUUUCAUUUCAAAUAAAAUGAUUCUUUAGUUAUGCAAUGUAUAAGAAAAUAUAUUGUUAAUUAAGCUAUAAUUAUAUGUAUUGUUUAAACAAUCAAUAAGAAUGACAUGAGUAAGAUAAAAAGGAUUUCAAGACUGACAUCGUACAAAUCUCCCAACGUACUGCAAUCUGUUAUGUUUAAGAAAGUGGAAGCGCCCAGAAAUUGGAUUUAAUUUUUGACAUUUAUACUUUGUAGACAUUUUGCAUACAAUGUUCUUUAA